GGCAGGCGAGUUGAAUUGAUUAAAACCGUUGAUUUCACUGAAAAUAAUUGAAGAACCGUCUCUCAGUUCCCUUUUGUUUUUGUUCUUCGCUGCAUAUAUGUACACAAAUCUGUGGCCGAUAAUCGAUAGGCAUAGUUGGGCAGCUGGCCGCCUCAGAAGAACAUCCAUAAAUUUACCCAUAGAAAGGAGAAAUCGGCGCCUCUCAGAUUCUCAAAUCGGUUCUAUCCUCUUCUUUUGCUUUAUUUCUGAGAGCUUCUUCCAGAAAUUUCCACUUUUUGUUCGUCCAUCUCUCUCGUGGAUUCGAAUUUCUGGUGUGAGAUUCGCCGGGAAGUUCUUCGAUUCUUCGUCCGGUAGCCACAGGUAAUUUGUUAAAUUGUGAGUGAGUAUACUCUCGAGGAGCUCUGUUAGAGGAAGAAAUGGCGGAAAGCAUCUUCUCGAAGCUAUCGGAUGACCUAGUCCUCAACAUACUGCACAAGCUCGAGGAAGAUCCUCGAAAUUGGGCUCGGAUUGCUUGCGUUUCCACCAAAUUAUCCUCUCUGAUACGAAACGUUUGUUACAUGUCCAAAUGUUCGCAAUCGAUCCCCGCGAUCGUCUCCGAUCUUCUCCCUUCCCCCGCCGCCGCCGCGCCUCCAGGCGAUUGGGCGUCGCUCUACAAGCUCGCCGUCUGCUGCCCGGGCCUCCUGCACUCCGGCGUCCUCCUCGAGAAUUCAGAUUUCGGACUCGAGCGCGAGCUCGGUCCCGACGAGAACUACCGGGUAAAUAAACUGUUCCGAGCGAAUGGAUCUGAGAAAUCUGCUUCAUCGAGCGACGCAAAUCACGGAGAAACUAACUCCGUGCCUGAUUGCGUGUGGUCGUUGUACGAUGAUUUGCUAUACGACACUCUGUAUACUGAUACUGAAGCUAUGUCUAGAGAUCGGGCUGAAAUGCCCGAAGACGAGCCCGAACUUAUGGAUACUGAGAACGAUAGGCCUGAUUUCAGCCAUUGUAAGAGGAGGAAGGUCUGCAGGCCAUUUAGGGCACAUUUGGCGUCAGGCGUUUGGAAUUUGAGCAGAGAGCAAGGCAAUAAGCUGCUUGCAAGCAGAUUCAAGGGCGAUUGUUUGUAUAUCUGUGAUUGGCCUGGCUGCAUCCAUGUCGAGGAGAAACGAAACUACAUGUUGUUCAGAGGUGUAUUCAAGAAUUUCAAGCAGUCUAGGGUUUGGAGGACGAUUAAUGAUGGCAAUAGGAGCAAGAUUGAUUUGAACUGUGCUUUUUGUGCUUCUAAGCAGACCUGGGAUCUGCAUUCUUCCUUCUGCUUGAGGAGGAACUUUGGGUUCCAUGAUGAUGGGGAGCCUGUUGUUCGAGCUUACGUCUGCGAGAAUGGACAUGUUUCCGGGGCAUGGACUGAUUGGCCAUUGUACACUUGAAGCUCCUCCAAGCUACAAAGCGAUCCACCAUUCUGCUGGUUUGAAUUACUAAACUUGUCCAUUGAUGCAGUGUUCUUAAUUAUAUAUACUUCAUAAUAGUGUGUUUUCUAAUCUUGCUUGAUGAUUUGCAUCGACAAAUCUUCUUUUCGACUGCUUAUGUUAUUUGCCUGUUGAGUUGUUGGUGAGGUAAUUUUAUUGUAGAGGAUUGUAUGCAUCUUCUUUUUAAUUGAUAUCUGUUAGGGUCCCCA